AUGGGCAAGGUCAACACCAUCCUCUUCGACUGCGACAACACCCUCGUCCUUUCGGAGGAGCUCGCCUUCGAAGGCUGCGCCGACCUGAUCAACCAGAUUGCCGCCGCCAAGAAUGUCCCGCUCGAGAAGGCCUUCACGGGCGAAUCGCUCAUCGUCGAGUUCGUCGGCCAGAACUUCCGGGGAAUGAUGCGCUCGCUGCAGGAGCGGUACAACUUCCCGCUCACUGAGGAGGAGCUAGACACAUACGUGAAGAAGGAAGAGGACGUGGUGAUCGCCAAGCUGCAGGAGAAGCUGUCGCCCUGCCCCAACGUCGACGACGUGCUCGAGCGUCUGGCGACCGAGGGCAAGUACGAGCUCGCGGUGGUGAGCAGCUCCGCUUUGCGCCGCGUCAAGGCCAGCAUCGAGAAGGUCGGCCAGGACAAGUACUUUGGCGACCGCGUGUUCAGCGCGGCCACAAGCCUGGAGAAGCCGACGAGCAAGCCCGACCCGGCCAUCUACCUGCACGCGCUCAAGGUGCUGGGCAAGAAGGCAGAGGAGUGCGUAGCGGUGGAGGACAGCAAGAGCGGCACGCUGAGCGCGGCGAGGGCGGGCAUCAAGGUCAUUGGGUAUGUUGGACCCUACCAGGCCGCGGAACGCCUCAAGAUGGAGAAGGUCCUGGCGCAGGCGGGUGCUUCCAUCAUCAUGGAUGACUGGAAGCAGUUUGAGGGGUACAUGGCGGCGAUCGAACAGGGCGACUAUUAG